AUGCAGAGGCAGUUGAGCAACGUCAGCAUACACUCGUACCAGGACUACCAACCUGCAAGACGAUAUGGGCCGCAGUAUGAGCCGGGCGGGUACGCGGCGGCAGUGCAGCAGCGUACCAACAUGACGCAGCGCGAGGACGCGCUCAAGUUCGAGCAGGGCCGCAUCAAGGCGCUGCAGGAGGAGCGUCUGCACAUACAGAAGAAGACCUUCACGAAAUGGGUCAACUCGUUUUUGCAGAAGGCCCGCAUGGAGGUGGAGGACCUGUUCGUCGACCUGGCGGACGGGAGACGCCUCCUCAAACUGUUGGAGAUCAUCAGCGGUGAACGGCUUCCACGACCCAAUUCCGGUAGGAUGAGGGUUCACAAGAUCGAAAAUGUCAACAAGUCACUCAGCUUUUUACAUACAAAGGUGCGCCUCGAGUCAAUCGGCGCGGAAGACAUAGUGGACGGCAAUCCACGCCUCAUCCUCGGUCUCAUCUGGACCAUCAUCCUCAGGUUCCAGAUUCAGGAGAUUGAGAUCGACGUGGACGAAGAAAACGAAUCCUCAGAGAAGAAGUCGGCUAAGGAUGCCCUCCUACUCUGGUGCCAGCGCAAGACCAGCGGCUACCAUGGAGUGCACAUACACAAUUUCACCGACUCUUGGAGAUCUGGACUUGGCUUCAAUGCCCUUAUACAUGCUCACAGACCGGACCUGUUCCGCUGGGCGGAGUUGCCCACCGGUGACCACGUGGAGACCCUCAACCACGCCUUCGAAGUCGCGCAUACGCACCUCGGCAUCCCUAAACUCCUGGACGCUGAAGACGUGGACACCACGCGGCCGGACGAGAAGUCCGUGAUGACGUACGUGGCCAGCUACUACCACACCUUCGCCAGGAUGAAGAACGAGCAGAAGAGCGGCAGGAGGAUUGCCAAUAUCAUCGGGCAGCUGAUGGACUGCGACGGGCGCAAGGCGGAGUACGGGCGGCUGGUGAGCGCGCUGCUGGAGUGGAUCCGCAGCAAGAUCGUGGAGCUCAACGACCGCGAGCUGCCCAACGCGCUCGACGCCAUCCAGCGCCUGCUGCUCGCCUUCAAGCAGUACCGCACCGUCGAGAAGCCGCCCAAAUACAAGGAGCGGUCAGAGAUCGAGGCGCUGUACUUCGACAUCAACACGAUGCAGAAGGCGCUGGUGGGCGAGCCCUGGGCGCCGCUAGAGGGGCAGCUGCCGCAGGAUCUGGAGCGCGCCUGGCAGCAGCUGGAACAGGCGGAACACGCCCGGGAGCUGGCCCUCAGGACCGAACUGUUGAGACAACAGCGGCUGGAACAGCUCGCCUACAAAUUCCAUACUAAGUCGGUGCUCCGCAAGGGCUACUUGAAGGAGAUGAUCCAGGUGCUGUCGGACCCUCGCUACGGCUCCAACCUGGCGCAGGUGGACGCCACCGUCAAAAAGCACGAGGCCAUCUCCGCUGACAUCCUCGCCAGGACGGAGCGGUUCGAGGACCUGUCGGCGAUGGCGGGCGAGCUGGUGCGCGAGCGCUACCACGACGCGGAGGGCGUGGCGCGCGUGGAGGCCGCCGUGCUGGCGCGCUGGCGCGAGCUGCUGCAGCUGCUGGAGCGCCACCGCGCCGCGCUGCAGCACCUGGCGCGCCUCAUGCUGCUGCUGCGCGAGGCCGACGCCCUCAAGCACACCCUCGAUGAUAUGAAGGCCCAAUUCCAAUCAGAAGAAGUGGGUCGCCACCUGGUGGACGUGGAGCGCCUGCUGCAGGCGCACGCGCUGCAGGAGCUGCAGCUGGGCGCGCUGGACGAGAGCAUCCGGCGGCUGGUGCGCCAGGGCGCCGGCGUGGACGCGCCCGCCGCCAGCGCGCAGCAGCUGCAGCACCAGCUCAAGCAGCUGGAGGAUGACUACACUGGACUGGUCGCAGCGGCUAAAGACCGUAAGGCGCGUUUAGAAGACGCCAGGAACUUGUACCAGUUCCUCGAGGAUCACGAUGAAGAAGAAGGGUGGGUGACGGAGCGGCAGCGCAUCUGCCGCGCGGACGUGGCGGCCAAGGACGUGCGCGGCGUGCUGGCGCUGCGCCACAAGCACACGGCGCUGCUGCACGAGCUGCGCGCGCGCGAGCUGGGCCACGCGCGCCACCGCGCCAAGGGACAGGCGUACGGCGAAUUC